GGAGGAGGGCCGCGAGGAGGGUUAGGGUCUACCUGUCUACCUGUCUACCUGCGGGCCGGUCAGCAGCUACCGGACACCCAGAAACGCCAUGUUGUGUGUUAGCGGGCAGCAGGCCGGUGCUAGCUGCUGUUAGCUGCUGUUAGCUCCUUCAGGCUAACGCUGGCGUCGCCGGUAACCAAAGUGUCCGUUACACCGGCAGAAACCUCCGUUAAACGGAUGCUGCCCCGCUGGCUGACCGCCCGGUUCACCGUUCAGACGGUCUGAACCGGAUCAGAUGGUCGGUGCCGCUAAAUUACCGACAGUAAUUUAGUAAAUUAGCCGUUAGCCCCGUUAGCCCGGUUUAACCCGGCAGUGGUCCCGGGCCGGCCCGUGGUCCGGGGCCGGCCCGGGUCAGACCCGGAGAAGGACCGGAGAGGUUCACAGACAGACCCGGUCCGUCCGGUGCGGACCGGGGCUAACCGCUAACCGGUCCGCACCGACACAUGGCGUGCACACGCUCCGUGCGCGUGACCGCGGUGGAAGGGUUACAUGAACGACUGGAAUCAAAAUGAGCAGAGAGACAGAUGGCGGAGACGGUGAAGUACGUGGACGAUGAGCAUAAGAGCGUGUUCCUGAAGCUGCUGAACGAGCAGCGCCUGGAGGGAGAACACUGCGACAUCGCCGUGGUCGUCGAGGACGUCAAGUUCCGCGCUCACCGCUGCGUCCUCGCCGCCUGCUCCAACUACUUCAAGAAGCUCUUCAAGAAACACGAGGUGGACAACUCGUCGGUGAUCGAGAUCGACUUCAUCCGCUCCGACAUCUUCGAGGAGGUUCUGAACUACAUGUACACGGCCAAGAUCUCCGUCAAGAAGAGGGACGUCAACCUCAUGAUGUCAUCAGGACAGAUCCUCGGGAUCCGCUUCCUCGACAAGCUCUGCUCUCAGGUAGAUCUCCUGUGUGACGAUGCGUUCAUGUUCCCUCAGAAACGAGACGUGUCAUCAGAGGACAAAGAGAAGUUUCCUUAUGACAUCGUGAAGAUGGCGCUGCCGCCAGAGGCUCAGCUGGCUGCUGACGCCGAGGUGCUGGGGGAGCAUGAUGACACGCCCACCACAGAUGACCUUGUUGAAGCGUCGGCCAAUCAGGAGCUGGAUAAAUCUCCCAGUGCGGCGCUGCGAGUACAGGAGGCCAUCCUGAAGGAGCUGACCAAUGAGGACGUACACAAGGUGACCUGCUACGACCAGGACGUGGUGGCAGAGAUGGAGGCGGAGCCUAAGGAGCUGGGGGCGGAGCACCACGCCACCCAGACGCUGGCGUUCUCUGACAGCAUGGGGGAGGUGAAGGACGAGCAGCCGCCCGGCUGGUCCACCGCCACCACCGACAUGAAGUUUGAGUACCUGCUUUAUGGGCACCGGGAGCAGCUCGCCUGCCAGGUGUGUGGGAAGACCUUCCUGGACGAGAGCAGACUCAGGAAACAUGAGAAGCUCCACUCGGCGGAGCGUCCGUUCACCUGUGAGAUCUGCACCAAAGCUUUCACCACCCACGCUCACCUGAAAGAACACCUGAAGAUCCACACGGGCUUCAAACCGUACAGGUGUGACGUUUGUGGGAAAUCGUUCAUUCGAGCUCCAGACCUGAAAAAACACGAACGAGUUCACAGCAACGAGAGACCGUUCGCCUGCCAGAUGUGUGACAAGGCGUUCAAACACAAGUCUCACCUGAAGGAUCAUGAGAGGAGACACAGAGGAGAGAAACCUUUCGUCUGUCCGUCCUGCACCAAGGCCUUCGCCAAGGCAUCAGAUCUGAAGCGUCAUGAGAACAACAUGCACAGCGAGAGGAAACAGCUGAACCCGCUGCAGAGCGACACGGAGACGCUGCAGGCCGCCGCCAUGGCUGCUGAGGAGCAACAUCUGGACUCCAUCAGCUGCUCCUAACAUCUGGACUCCAUCAGCUGCUCCUAACAUCUGGACUCAUCAGCUGCUCCUAACAUCUGGACUCCAUCAGCUGCUCCUAACAUCUGGACUCUCCAUCAGCUGCUCCUAACAUCUGUAACAUCUGGACUCUUUGAACACAUCUGGACUCUGUGAACACAUCUUGACUCAUCAGCUGUUCCUAACAUCUGGACUCUGUGAACACAUCUGGACUCAUCAUCAGCUGCUCCUAACAUCUGGACUCAUCAGCUGUUCCUAACAUCUGUAACAUCUGGACUCUGUGAACACAUCUGGACUCAUCAGCUGCUCCUAACAUCUGGACUCUGUGAAUAACCUUUGUUUAUUGUGGAUGAAGCUCUGUUUUCCCGCUCUGAAUCAGUGCACCUGAACUGACUUUGAAGCUGCCCUGAUGACCUCAGCGAUCAUGUGACCAACAUGAAGCUGUUUGUUUGUUUGUUUUGUUUGUUUGUUGUAUAUAAACUGUUCUGUUCAGUUUCAUGAGCAGAGCUGCUGUUUUAAA